AUGUCUGCAGACUCUCCAAGACGUGGUGUGCAUAAAGGAGUUCAAGUUGUAUCACCACAACCAAUAGUUGAUCGAUCAAUCAUAGACAGUGUUGCAGGAAUAAUUAAUGAUAUUGUUCCACAGGCUUAUGCUGGCACAUCAAAUUCUGAGAAUAAGGAGUCUAUAUCAUGGGCAAGGUUUGAGUAUGCAGACAUUAAUGACCCUGCCCUGUACCCAGAUUACAAUGAAGGCUCUAAUACACCACCUUUAUUAUUGGUGCUUGGUUAUACAACUGGGGUUCAGGUAUGGUUGAUAGCAGCAACAGGAGAAGCAACUGAAGUGUUGUCAUGGAGACAAGGAGUGGUUCGCACUCUAAGAAUUUUACCAAAUCCAAAGACUGAUGAAUCUACUGAUUUGUUUGAAUUGAAACGGCCAAUGGUAGCAAUAUGUGAUUCAGCUGGACCUGGACCACAAUUUUGCAACAUUAGUUUCAUUUCAUUGAAAACUGGGGAACAAGCUAAAAGCAUAAAAUUUAAAAAUCCUGUUUGCGACAUUUUGGCAAAUAAACGAUCCAUAAUAGUAACAUUUCUAGAAAAGAUUGCUGUGUUUGAUGCACGAACAUUGGAAGAUGUUUUAACAGUUACUACUUGCUAUGUUAGCCCUGGUCCAAAUCCAAAUCCUGUUGCUUUAGGUACAAGAUGGCUUGCUUACAGUGAAAAGAAAUUACUACCACUGAAGAGAAGCAGUGGUGGUUGUGAGAGUGAGGGAGUUCAAAGUUACACAGCAACAGUUUUAUACGCAGCAAAGUCUCUAGGGAAAGGUUUACGUGGUUUGGGAGAAACCGUCGCUUCAAGUUUAACUGGCAAUUCAGUAUCGCCGGUGGCUGUUAAUAAUAUGGGUAGCGAUGCGACACAACCAGGAGUGAUUACAAUAUUAGAUCUCCAAGCUGCUAAAGAGGAGAAAGAUUUAGAUGAUGCAAAUAUAGAGACUGUAAUUGCUCAUUUUACUGCCCAUAGUGAUGCAAUUGUUGCCAUGACUUUUGAUUUAAGCGGUGCAUUGCUAAUGACCGCUGACAAAAGGGGGCAUGAUUUUCAUGUGUUUAGAAUUCAACCGCAUCCAGGUGGCCCCACUUUGGCAGCAGUGCAUCAUUUAUAUAUUUUACAUCGUGGAGAUACUACUGCAAAAGUGCAAGAUAUGGUAUUUUCAAGCGAUACUCGUUGGGCGGCAAUUUCAACUGUACGGGGCACUACUCACGUUUUCCCGGUCGCACCAUACGGUGGACCGGUAGGAGUACGAACUCAUUCCACACCUCAUGUUGUAAAUAGACUUUCAAGAUUUCAUAGAAGUGCAGGUUUAAUGGAUGACGGAACCAGAUCUCAUUCUCCCGUAUCUCAUACAGAAUUGCCUUUAUUAGUGUAUCCAUAUUCUAAUCCAAGACUUCCUCCGUACCCUCAUCCAACUGUACUACAUCCUCUGGCACAGAUACGACAACCGUCAACGUUAAAUCACGUAAAUAGUCAAGUUCAACAAAGUAGUCCGCAGCAAAGACAACGAUUGCACUCAGACGAUAGCGGAACAUUACCAUUAAAAAUUUGUGCUUGCUUUGCACCUCCAAGAGCUUGGAUGUAUGCACAAAGGGAAUCUACUGCGAAAGUUAUGAAGAGGGCAGUCGAUUCUUUAUUCAUUAUGGCAUGUCACGGAAAUAUGAUACAAUACGACUUAGAACCUAAGCCAGUUGCAGGUGUACCAAAAGAAAAAGUAUGUGAUGAUACAAUGAUAGAAUUAGAGGUUGAAGCCAAAGGCCAAUGGCCUCUUUUAAGGUCCCCGAAUUCAUUUGAGAUUGUGCCACCUUUACCAACAUCUACUUCUUUACUGAGCGUAAAUACUAUACCGAAAGAUAUUCACGACAGUGAUUUAGCAGAGGAUCAUUGGUUAAGUCAAGUAGAAAUUGUAACACAUGCUGGUCCACACAGACGACUUUGGAUGGGACCUCAGUUUGUUUUCAAAACUUAUAAUGCAACUAGUGGAGCACCGGUGAAUCUUGUCGAAGCCGAAGCUGUUGAAAUCGGCGUAACCGGUGGAUCUCGUCCAGCGAGAUCAAAUCCAGUUAAUAUGCCGCAUGCUACAUCCAGAUCGCUGGUACCUGUGGUCAUCGAUGGCUCAGGAAGCAGUUACGAGCAAUCCCCAAGAUUUAUGGAAGCAUACGGUGAUUCUUUAGAUAGUGAAAAUACUGGAAUUGGCGGUGGUGAAAAUCAACUGAGAGAAGAUCUGGCCGAAGCAAUGCUAGAGACGUCGAUCGCACCUCAUUGUGCACCAGGGAGGCGAUCGGUAUUUGAGAGGGUGGGUCAACCGGUAACUAAAGUCGUCAACCCUCUGGGCACCGUGAUUACCGUAUCGGCCGAUGAGGAGGACAUUAACUCCAGUCAGGAGUUCGAUUUCGCGGAGGAGAGCCACGUGCCGGAACCACCUAGGAGCGUGUGUGCCGAAGAAGGCCCGGCCUCUCUCGGUGAUUUCGAGCCGGAGAGCCAAAGUCUGCGCAACCUCACCGAGAUCUGUGCUGAAAUGCGUUCAGCUAGCGAACCUGCGAUCGACAGCGUGCCGGACGAGAAUAUCUGCGAGGUGAAGGAGAGAAAAGCACUCUGCGUUGAGAUUGCUCCCAUCACCAAUCCUGGAAACUCUACCAUCGAUUUCGAGAAGGAAGAAGCGUUCCGCGAUGUACCGACUAGCUUGAGUCUCUGCGUGGAACAGGGUGAAAUACCCAGCAGUCCUAUGACUCAAGCUAAGGAAGCAGUUUGGUGCAAGAAACUCGACAAAAAGGAGGAUAAACGAGCUCACGAGAGAAGCAUGUCCGAGGCACAGUACGUGGUGAACUGUGACGAAGACAGCGUUGUUCUGAUGGAGAACAAGUUGGCUCACGGACGAAGAACUACAUCGACGCACUGCAAAACGGAGAGUAAGAAGACUAGCGAGUCUGAGAAGACUACGAAGAAGUCUGGAAGGAACGGAUCGAGCGCGAAUUCUGGUAAGCGUGUUGAGGCUAAGACACCUGCUAAGAAAUAUAUUCUAAAGGAACACGAGGAUAGCAUUGUCAUCGAAGAUACUACCACCAGCGACGAUUCUAAGAAUGGUUCUAGCAAGAAGAAGGAUUGCCAGAAGAGUGGAAUCGAGAGUGGUGAGAACAAGAGCGGAGAAACUUCGAAGGAAACUGCGACAGGAAAGUCUAAGGGCAAGUCAAAGUCUUCCACAGUUCAGGAUUGCAAGGAAGCGAAAGUUGAACUUCUCGCGGAAUGCAAGAAAGUAGUAGAACCGCUCGUAGAAUUGGACGCUAUAACCGAAGAGGCAGAUAAAACGGAGGAUUUCAAGUCUAUGGUUACCAUAGAUGUCUCGAUUAAAGAAACGGAUAAGUAUAAGUCACCGCCAUCAGAUUCAACCGACGAUUUCAGUUCGAGCGAGUAUCAUAUCGUUGAUUCUGCUUUCUGCAGCAAAGACGGCACGUCGGUUCAGUCUGAUGAGGACAUCGAGCAUAUACAGAGUUCUGAGAUCACUCAAUUGCAGCAGGCUGAUGGCACCGAUAGCGAUAAAUGCGCGGACGUUAUAAGUUGCGCCGGUUCAUCGCCCAUCAUGCAGAGGAAGAACAGCAAGAACACGAUAUCCGACGACGAUCUGGAGUACAUACACUCUUCCGAACUGGUGGAGACACCUGACAAAACGUACAAAGAGUACCUGAAGCUCGAGUCUGACAAAGGUAGCGACAGCGAAUCGGUAGCAGCCAGAAACAAACGCACGUUCUCAGACGAUCUCGAGCACGUCGAACACUCAGAUGUCUGCAAUGCGCCGUGUGAAGAGGCUAGAGAAGCUCAGGAGAGAAGCACGAGGAAAUCACAGGAGAUAUCGACGGAACAGGCGUCGAAAUCGAAGAGCGCGAAGAAGACGAAGGACAUCGUGGUGAUCGAGAGCGACACUUCAGCUGCUGACGUGACUGUGAUCAUCAAACCGGCCGAGAGUUGGAAGAACAAGAACACAGAGAAGAAAGAGGAAUCGGAAGAAGGUGUCAGCGCUAAAGAUAUUCCCGUCACUGAAAAUCCAAGUCCUCUGAAGAAAGCUAAAAUUCGUCCCGUUAAAACGUCUCCUUCGAAUGUUGCGCCUAAGCGAUCGCAAGCAGGAAUUGAGAUAAUCGACAUCGACGCGAUGCAGAAAGCUGAGAUAGAGGUUCUAGCUGAUACCACAACCGCUCCGGAAUGCAAAAUUCUCUCUGGACCGGAAUUAUGCGGAACGCGAACGAAAAAGUCGCGAAAGAACAAGAAAUCUAACGUCGAGAGUAACGUACAAGUCUUUGAAGCUUCUGUUGAACCCGUGAAGCACGUCGAGGAAACUGUAAAAGAGCCGAGUCCGCAGGAGGCAGUUGCCGAGGUGUCCUGGAGCACAGUCGUGAAGAAGAAGAGCAUGUCUCCCGUAGCUGAGUCGGAGUCGCGAAAUGAAGGCGAUAAAGUUGAGGACGACGAGGCGAAGGAGACGCCUGAUUCCACACAAGUUGCGACGCGGUUGUACCUCCGCGAGAAGAUAGAGUCUCUGAAGAAGAAGUUGCAAGAGACUUCGCCGAGGAGGAAUUCAGACACGAAGGAGUCGAGUUCGCAAGUGGUAGACAAGCUCGAAGAGGCUGUCACAGAAGUAGACACCGAGCCUUUAGUUCAAACGUCGGAAGUAUCUUGGAGCUCUGUCGUGAAGAAGAGGAACAGCUUCUCUUCCGAGCAAGACACCAAGAAGGAACGCGAAGUCGAUCCAAUCGCGGAGGUGUCGAGCACCGAAGAGAGGAGAGUUUGUCGGAGGAACGUCGAAUCGUCGAUUCGUUCGUCAGCGGUGAUCGAUCAACUGAAAGAAGUUGUUACAGAAACGAGCGUGGAAGAACCUUCCAUCCAGACGACGGUGAUAUCUUGGAGCUCGAUCGUGAAGAAGAAAACUGCUUCUUUCUCGGAAUCGAGUACGCGAAUGGAAUCAAUCGAGGAGGCGCCACGCAGAAAGCUGGAUCUCUUGACUGAUUCCUUGGAAGCUGCUACCGGUUUCAAAGUGAUGUCCUCCGCGAGUAAAGAAUCGGAACAAUUGAUCCAAUCGCCGAGCGAGAAGACGUUCGAGAAAUCCUUGAAGCUGAAGGCUUCGAGCGAAAUCGAUGUAAAAGCUUCGAACGACUCGAAGAACUGUAACGUCGAGACGACAAUUGUAACUCAAACAUUCACCAAAGAGGAUUUCUCUGAACCUGAGCGAGACGCCAAGCCAGAGAAAAGAAGCGACUCGGAGCAAGAGGUCGUGCCUGAAGGUUCGAGCUCCUCGGAUGAGUUGAACGCGAACGUGGUGUUCUCGAGCAUUGAGGGAGAUCCUUCUGGCCGCGAGACGGCUGAGAAAAGCGCUAUGAACACCUCGACCACGUCUGCCUACGCCACCCCCAAGAAAGGCAACAGGUCGAAGAAAAAAAAACGCAGAUGAGUAGAGGAUUGUAUGGAUGUACCUAGGGCCAGCCUUGCCCUUUACAUACUCCUGAUGCAAGUAA